AUGGCAUCCUGCAUCAUUCCAUUGCGGCAUUACUGUGCUGCCCUGAAGGUGACGCCGCAGCAGCGACUUUCCAUCAAGGAAAAAGAGUGCAGUUCUCAGAAAAGUCCUGGGGAGCAGCAGCAGCAGCAACAGCAGCAGCAGCAGCAGCGGCAGCAGCAACGUGUGUCGCACCACACGUGCACGCCCCAGAGUUCCCACCCACCCUCGCUCAAUGCCAACAAACAUGAAACUGAUGAAAAAGAAAAGAAAAGAAAAAAAAAACAACAACUUAUACUCACAUUCCCCAUCACUACCUCCCCAUCACUCCUGCCUCAUCACUCCUGCCCCUCACUCGUGCCCCUCACUCAUGCCCCUCACCAGCACGCAAUCAGAGGUGAACAAUACAAAAAGAGCGCCCUCCCUCCGGCAAGCCUCCAGAUUCCGCCCACGCCCCGCCGCGCCUCCCCUCCGUCAUCUGAAGGCACAUUUAACACCUCGCAGGGCGCCACACGCCGCUGGGGUCGCUAUGAGUCGCGGGACAAUGGGUGUCAGAGUACCCGUCGGGCCAUGAACUCCCUGCGGCCAGUGCUGAGAGAGGCAAUACGGCACAAAAGAGGCUUAGAAACUAGUAAGAAUCUCGACUCUAUGGCCUGUGGUGGGCGGUGGGCGGGCGGCAGAGGGGGCGCUGGUCUCCUGGAGGUGGGCACACCACACUACGAUCCAUCACGCGCCAAUCAGAUCACACUACACGAUACACAGGUCAAAAUGGAAUACUAA